CACAUGUAAUAUACAGAAUGCAGGAAGUAAACACAGCACUCUUUGACAGAACUCUAUUUAUUUGCCUGUUUUGUACAACAAAGGGCAAUGUACAUGAUAUAGGACCUUUCAGAUCACUUACUGGAGGAGAUAAGGACAUCCUUUAGUUUAUAGUCUUAUAGUAGAUGCCUGCUACCAAACAACGGUGAGUCUUUAAAAGUGAAAGUUAACUGAUUCCUAACAGUGGGGCAUUACGAGUGUGACUGAGAAAAUGGCCUCCCGACGGUCUCUCCCAGAAGACGAUCUCUCCUGUCCUGUGUGCUUAAACAUCUUCAGUGAUCCUGUCCUGCUAUCAUGUAGCCACAGCUUCUGUAAAGCCUGUCUACAGGAGUACUGGAGACUGAGAGGAUUUCAGGAAUGUCCCGUUUGUAGGGAAGUAUUUUCAAUGGGUAAUCCACUCUGUAACCGGGCUCUAAAGAACCUGUGUGAGGCUGUCUUAAAGGAAAGGAGUCAGACCGUUUCAGACGGGUCUGAGGUUCUCUGCAGUCUGCAUGGUGAGAAACUCAAGCUCUUCUGUAUGGAGGAGCAAGAGCCCAUUUGUGUGGUUUGUCGUGAUUCAAGGAAACAUAAAAAGCAUGACUGCAUCCCCAUACAGGAAGCUGUACAGGAACACAAGGUGAAACUCAAGACUAUAUUGAACCCCCUAAAAGAUAAACUGAGGCUUCUUAAUGAAAUCAAACUCACCUGUUCUAAAACAGCAAAACAUAUCAAGAUCCAAGCCCAGUACACAGAGAGGCAGAUUACGGAGCAGUUUAAAAAGCUGUACCAGUUUCUGCGAGAGGAAGAGGCCGCCAGGAUAGAUGCAGUGAGGAUGGAAGAGGUGCGGAAGAGUCACGGGAUGAAGAACAAGAUAAUAGAGAUGAACAGAAAAAUAUCAUCACUUUCAGACACAAUCAAAGCCAUCGAACAACAGCUGAGAGUUGAAGACAUCUCAUUCUUGCAGAACUACAAGGCCUCUGUGAAAAGAGCCCAGCACCCACUGCCAGAUGCAGAGAGGGUUUCCGGAGCGCUCAUAGAAGUGGCCAAACACCUGGGCAACCUGCAGUUCAGAGUCUGGGUGAAGAUGCAAAGGAUUGUUCAUUACACUCCUGUAAUCCUGGACCCCAAUACUGCAGGCACACGUCUCAUUCUGUCUGAGGACUUGACCAGCUUAAGGGAUGCUGAUAGAGCACUACAGCUUCCUGACAACCCAGAGAGGAUUGAUGGAUGUGUUCUAGGCUCUGAGGGUUUUAACUCAGGAACACACAGCUGGGAUAUUGAGAAUUUGGAUGGUUCCUAUUGGGCUGUAGGUGUGACCACUAUGCAUGCCAACAGGCCUAAUAAUUGUAGCGGUAUGCCAAAUGAAUCCUGGGGUGUUUGGACUACUUGUGAUGUAUACCUAGAAAUGUCCCCACAGCCAAAUCUCCAUCGCCUCCCAGUAGAUCACUUUCCCCAAAAGAUGAGAGUGCAGCUGGACUGGGCCAAGGGAAAGCUUUCAUUCUUUGACCUUGAUAAAAACACACACAUACACACAAUCACACACACCUUCACAAAGACGGUCUACCCUAUAUUUCGUCAUGAUAAAACAUUGAGGAUCUUACCAGUGAAGACCAGUGUGACAACAGUUAAAUACAGCACAAACUGAUAUAGUUUAACUGCCACAACACUGUUUCUUAGCACUCUACUCAUAGUCCUUAGUGUUAGAGGUGUGCAUUGGUCUUUUCUCCACUAUCUUUGACACACACUCGGUUCUAUAACAAUGGAUUCUGACCCUGGUCUUAUCAACAGGUGAACCAAUCAAAUUGUUCAUGUAUCACUCUAUGUAGCAUAAUGUUGAUAUUUUGUAUUGAUUGAUCCAGUAAAAGCAUUUUGAUUGCU